GGCAAUAUCUCUUUUCUUCUCACUCCCACGAUCUGGCUUCUGAUACAAUCGCAAACUCAAAAUGUCCUCACCAGACGGCCUUGUCCCUAUCAUCAUCAAUCUUGCAGGUCAAACUAGAAUCAAUGAAGUGGUUCUAGCAGAUGAAAAUAUUGAAUCCUUUGAGAUUCUCGCCGCCGGAUUCUACCAAAGCCUGCGCCCCAAUAUCCCCGAGUUUUACUUGGAACAGGGCGAGCGAACUAUCACCAAGAUGUGGGUGGAAUGGAAUCAAGGAGGCGCCAACUUCCUUCCCAUGGAGACGGAGAUUACUGAGGUCAAUCUCCGUGCAGUCCUCCGGUUGCUCUCUGUGCGACGAGGCGUUGACAUGAUCCGCGUGUGGCUGAAUGAGAUUGAUUGAACUUGAUCUCUAGUUCUUUUUCAUCUCUGUCUGAAGAGAUAAAUCUCUCGACGAGAUUACUCGUCGACCUGAGAAGGUUCGUUCGGUGCUGAAUCUAGUAGAAUUGGUGUAUUUUACAGUGUGUCCGUCUCGAUGUGAGGAACUAUAUUCGUUAUGGAGAUUGGGCAGAUUCAGGUCUUUUACAGUCUAGAAAUGAAUUAAUGGUGAAUCGAGUC